AUGUUAAAGAAAUAUAUUAUAUUAAUAUAUAUCGGUGUAAUUCUAAAUUUCAUAACUAAAAAUAAUAAUGUAGUGUCUGUUCCUGAGCCCUUUUUAUCACAAAACAAAGAUUCUUUUGAAGAAAAAAAAUAUACGUAUGGGGAUAAUUUACAAUUGGGGGCAUCAACUAUAAAUACCCCUAAAACACAAUCACAAGAAAAUAAAGAUAUAAAUAAAGAAACAAAAAAUACAAUAAUAAAAAAAACGAAUAAUUUUCCAAGUACCUUAAAUGAGAAAUUUCCUCAUAAAAUUCAAUUAACCAAUAAAGAAAAUAAAGAAGAUGAACAAAAUAAAGAAAAUAAAAAAGAUGAACAAAAUAAAGAAGAUGAACAAAAUAAACAAAAUAAAGAAGAUGAACAAAAUAAACAAAACAAGGAUAAAAAAAAUAUAGUAAGUAACAAAUUAUCGGGAAACAAUGAACAACAGAAUAAUUCUAUUCCAAAAUCAAUACAAAAACCAGAGAAUUGUGUCAAAAAACAAAGCAAUCAAUUUCCUCGUAGUUAUCCAGAAUUCUUUGAAGCAAAUUUUGGACCCAUAGAUGAACUUAUGGAUGAAACGGAUUAUAGUAGUGAUGAUUUAGAAGAUCAACUAAAUUAUGGUUAUAGAGGAAUAGAACAUGAUAUUGAUGAAACAGAUUAUUAUAUAGGAAGUAUAUUAGGAUAUAGUGAUUUUAUGAAUAAAAUGAAAUAUCAGAAUACACAAAUUGAUAAUAACAAAGGAAAAAAAACUACAAACACUAUGGAAAAAAACAAAAAGAACAGAGAUAAGAAACAUUCUAAAAAAAGGAAAACAAAACAAAAUUAUAAAUAUAAGAAGGAAAACCAAAAUAUAGAAAAUCAUAUACCUCAAAGUAAAUAUAAACAAGAACGAAUUGAAAUAUUAGAUGAUAAUGGAAAAGAAUUGAAAUCCCACAAAAAUAUUAAAGAAGAAAAGGGGGGAAUAGAAAAAACUGAUACUACUAAUAUAGCAGAUAUAAAAAUAAAAAAAGAAGAAAGAGAAACAAAAGAUGAAAAAGAAAAAAACAUUCAACAGCUAGUAAAAGAUGUACAAUUAAUAAAAGUUGGAGAAGAAACGAAAGACGACGAAAAAGAAGACAAAGAAGGAACAGAUGAUGAAGAAGAUACAGAUGAUGAAGAAGAUACAGAUGAUGAAGAAGAUACAGAUGAUGAAGAAGAUACAAGUGAUGAAGAAACUACAGGUGAUCAAGAAAACAAAGAAGAAACAGAAGUAGACGAAAAAAAAACAGAAAAAGCCGAAGAAGAAUUAGAAGAAGACAAAGAAGAAUCAGAAAAAGACAAAGAAGAAUCAGAAAAAGAUAAAGAAGAAUCAGAAAAAGAUAAAGAAGAAUCAGAAAAAGACAAAGAAAAAACUGAAGAAGAUGAAGAAAAAACUGAAGACGAAAAAGGAACGGAAGUAUACAAAAAAGAAACAGAUGUAGAUGAAAAAAAAGAAAAGGGAGAAUAUGGAGAGGGAACAGAUGAUGAAGAAGACAAAGAAAAAGAAGAAGACGACGAAGAAACAAAAGUAGAAGAAAAGAAAACAGAAAAAGACGAAGAGGGAACAGAUUAUGAAGAAGAUACAGAUGAUUCAGACAAAGAUGAAGAAACAAAAGUAGAAGAAAAGAAAACAGAAAGAGACGAAGAAGAAACUGAAGAAGACGAAAAAGAAACAGAAGUAGAAAAAAAGAAAACAGAAAAAGACGAAGAGGGAACAGAUUAUGAAGAAGAUACAGAUGAUUCAGACAAAGAUGUAGAAACAGAAGUAGAAGAAACAGACGCAGAAGACAAAGAAGAAAACGAAGAGGGAACAGAUGAUGAAGAAGACAAAGUAGAAGAAACAGACCUAGACGACCAAGAAGAAGACGGAGAAGAAGAUAAAGAAGACGACAAAGAAAAAGACAAAGAAGAUGACAAAGAAGAUGACAAAGAAAAAGACAAAGAAGAUGACAAAGAAAAAUACAAAGAAGAUGACAAAGAAGAUGACAAAGAAGAUGACAAAGAAAAAGACAAAGAAGAUAACAAAGAAAAAGACAAAGAAGAUAACAAAGAAAAAGACAAAGAAGAUGACAAAGAAAAAGACAAAGAAGAUGACAAAGAAAAAGACAAAGAAGAUAACAAAGAAAAAGACAAAGAAGAUAACAAAGAAAAAGACAAAGAAGAUGACAAAGAAAAACAUGAUAAACAUGUAAGAAGAAUAAAAAAGAAAAUGAAAGAUGAUGACUAUGAUGAAAGUUUGAAAACGAAAAAUUAUUAUCCACAUAAUAUGACAUUUGGACAACAACAAUAUUUCCCAUACUAUAAUCCAUUAGAACAACAGAAUUAUCAACUACAUCAUAUUAUAAAACAACAGCAAAAUUAUCACCCACAUCAUAUUAUAAAACAACAGCAAAAUCAUAAUCCACAUCAUAUUUUACAAGAGCAAGAAAAACAUCACCCACAAGGUAUACCAAAGGAACAACCAUAUAAUAAUGUUCCUUAUAUCUUAAAAAAGGGGCUUGAACCCAAAACUCAUAACCAUGUAAAAGAAGAUCAACCUAAUAUUAAACAGGGUGUUGUAAAGGGACAAGAACCACAUGUUGAUGAUAUGCAUAACAAUACAAAAGAACAUAAGAAUUUUAAAAAUACAACCGAUGUAAAACAACCAGCAAGUCAUAUAUAUAAUAAUUCAUCAGAAAAACAAAUUGAACAUGUAUAUAAUAAGUCUCCUGAAAAACAAAUUGAACAUGUAUAUAAUAAGUCUCCUGAAAAACAAAUUGAACAUGUAUAUAAUAAUUCUCCUGAAAAACAAAUUGAACAUGUAUAUAAUAAUUCUCCUGAAAAACAAAUUGAACAUGUAUAUAAUAAUUCUCCUGAAAAACAAAUUGAACAUGUAUAUAAUAAUUCUCCUGAAAAACCUGCAAGACAUACAAAUAAUAUUUCAUUAGAAAAACAAAAUAGUCAUAAAUAUAAUGUUAAUAUACAAGAUCGACAUGAUCCUGUAUAUUAUAAAUAUGAAGAUAUGUUAAAAAGAGAUAAAGAUUUGUUUACAAUUAUCAACAACAUUUGUGAACUGGAAUUUAAUUCUACAAAUAACUAUUUAAUGAAAAUAAUUAAUAACGACAAAUUAAAACAUAAUUCUUUAAAUGAUAAUGAAGCCAUAUUAAAAGAAAUAACUAAAACUCAAAAUGAAUUGUUUUCUUUAAAAUUACCAUUAGAAAUUAAAGUAUCAAUGGCUCUUCGUAUAAGUGAACGUUUACGUGCCUUUGUUUUUGAUAAAGAUUUAACAGCUUAUUAUAUAAAAAAAUUAAAAGAUAUAUUUAAAUUAGAAACAGAGGCAGCAAAAAAUUAUUAUUAUUAUGUAAAAUGUCAAAAAACGUUUAGUGAUAAAAAACGUUUGGUUAAUAAUUUAGAUUCAAUAAAAUUAUACUAUGAAUCACAAAUUAAUAAAAAUUUUAUUAGCAUACCCAAAGAUAAAAUACCUACAGCUAUAUAUCGUAUAUCCAACUUAGUUAAUGAUUUAAUUUUUUUACUUCCACAAUCAAAUGCAAACAAAGCAUUAUAA